AUGGGUGCCAACAACUUCGUGCUGUUCGAGUCUGCGUCCGGUUAUGCGAUUUUUGAGGUUGUGGAAAACGAAGAGAUUGGGAGUCUCGUAGCUGAGGUGCAAGCUGCAGUAGCAGAUGUGACUUCGUUUGGACGCAUUGUAAAGCUCAAGGCUUUCCAGCCCUUUACAUCAGCUGAGAAUGCUCUUGAGAACAUUAAUAACAUCUCGGAAGGUCUACUAAGUGACGAUCUUAGGAACUUUUUAGAAAUGAAUUUGCCAAAGGUUAAGACCGGCAAGAAAGGAAAAUUUGCACUUGGUGUACAGGACAAAGGACUAGCUCAGGCCAUUUCGGAUGAGCUCAAUGCGCCGUGCAAUACAAGCGAGACGACGCUUGAGAUUGUGCGUGGCGUGCGUAUGCACUUUAGCACAUUUGUCAAGGAGCUAGCUCAGGGUAAUCUGGCAAAGGCUCAGCUUGGUCUUGGUCACUCCUACUCGCGUGCCAAGGUCAAAUUUAACGUCAAUCGUGCUGAUAAUAUGAUCAUCCAGGCUAUUGCUCUACUCGACCAAAUGGACAAAGACAUCAAUACGUUUGCCAUGCGCGUGCGUGAGUGGUAUUCGUGGCACUUCCCCGAGCUUGUUAAGAUCGUUAACGAUAACUACGUGUACGCGCGUUGCGCUUCAUUUAUUAAGAAUCGUAACACGUUGAGCGAGGAUUCGCUCGAGGAGUUGUCGAAGAUUGUCCUUGACGAAGACAAGGCCCAGCAGAUCCUUCACGCCGCCCGUUCUUCCAUGGGUAUGGACAUGUCAGAGAUUGACAUGAUUAAUGUUGACAAUUUCACCACGCGUCUCGUUAAGCUGGCAGAAUACCGUUGUCAGCUGCACGAGUACCUUGUAUCUAAGAUGUCAACGGUGGCUCCUAAUCUUGCUUCGCUUAUUGGUGAGUCAGUGGGCGCACGCCUUAUUUCGCACGCGGGUUCGCUGACCAACCUGGCCAAGUGUCCCGCCUCGACCGUGCAGAUUCUGGGUGCUGAGAAGGCUCUGUUUCGUGCGCUAAAGACCCGUGGCAACACUCCCAAGUAUGGUCUGUUGUUCCACUCGACCUUUAUUGGCCGUGCCGCUUCCAAGAACAAGGGCCGCAUCUCGCGUUACCUUGCUAACAAAUGCGCUAUUGCCUCACGUAUCGAUUCAUUCAUUGAUGAGCCUACGACGAGGUACGGUGACAAGAUGCGCGAGCAGGUUGAGGAGCGUCUUGCUUUCUACGAGAGUGGUGCAGCUCCGCGCAAGAAUGCUGACGUGAUGUUGGAGGUCUCGGAGGAGCUUAAGCAGGCGGCUUUUAAGGGAGAGAAGAAGUCUAAGAAGGAUAAGAAGUCAAAGAAGCGUCCUGCUGCAGACAAGGAUGCUGAGAUGGAAGGGGUUAAAGAGGAGGUGCCAGCCAAGAAGUCUAAAAAAGCCAAAAAGCACAAGGAGGUUGAGGAGGAGGCUGUCGCAGCUCCUGCCGCCGACGCGGACAAGAAGAAGAAGAAGAAGAAGCAGAAGAAGAAAUCCAAGACUGCGUAG